AUGGAUGGUCAUGACAGUGUUAUGGACUUUGAGACAGAAGAACAUAUUGGUUCUACACCUCCAGUUUCUAAUAAUGCUGGUUUGUUGCCUCAAAAGCGUAAAAAUCGGUCAGAAUCAUGGAAUCAUUUUACACCGAAGUCGUCGAACACAGAAAUGUCAAAGUCAGCAAAAUGCAAGCAUUGUGACUCCUUAAUCAAGUAUAAUGGUGGAACAAGCGCUAUGCUAGCUCAUUUGAGAAGAUGUAGUGAUAAUCCAGAUAAUGCGGUGAAUGUGACGAUGCAUGAACCAUCUUCAAGCUCCAUGGAAAAUAGGGAAGCCAUUGUUAAUUCAUCCCCUUCGGUUCCCAAAUUUGACCAAGAAGUUAGCCGAAUGGACUUAACAAAAAUGUUUGUAGCCAUGGAACUUCCGUUUCAAAAGGUAGAACAUCCAUAUUUACAUAGGUUCAUUUAUGGCUUACAACCAAAAUUUAAGUUCCCAUCACGCAAUACACUAGCACGUGAUAUUUUGAAGAAUUGGGACGUGGAUAGGGGUGGCAAACGGGCAUGCCCGCCCCGCGAAAGCCCACAAAAAAACGGGGCGGGGAGGGGAGAGAUUAUUGCCAAAACAGUUAAGAAGUGCUUAAAUGGUUGGGAACUAAAUCGUGUGCUUAGUGUUACCGUGGACAAUGCAUCUUCAAAUGACGUUGGAAUUCAACAUCUCAAAAGAUGGCUUCACUCUCAGAAUGGCAUAGUUUUGAAUGGAGAAUACCUUCAUACACGUUGUUGUGCCCACAUAUUAAACCUUAUUGUAAAGGAUGGGAUGAAAGAAGUUGAUGAUUCUAUUGUAAGAAUUCGUGCAGCGGUGAGGUAUGUGAGGCGUACUCCUUCGAGGUUUCAGAGAUUUAAGAAAUGUAUUGAUCAUGAAACAAUUGGAUAUAAAGGUUAUGUUGGGAGAGAUUGUGAGACUCGGUGGAACUCAACAUAUCUAAUGUUAAAGGGUGCAUUAAAACAUAAUAAGACCUUUACAGAGUUAGAAUACAGAGAUCGGAAAUAUUUUAAUGAAAUGAGUAAGGACAAAGGAGUGCCUAGACCGGAAGAUUGGGAGCAUGUUGAGUUAAUCCUUCCAUUUCUACAGAUAUUUCAUGAAGCUACAGAACGUAUUUCAGGAUCUUCUUAUGUGACAAGCAACAUGUAUAUGCUUGAGGUUUUUGGUGUUGGAAGAAGCAUUCUGAACAUGUGUAAUUUGGAAGAUCAAAAGGUAAGGUCAAUGACUAUAAAGAUGAAGGCAAAGUACAAUAAAUAUUGGGGAAAACCUGACCACCUUAACAUGUUGUUAUUGAUUGCAAUGGUAUUAGACCCUAGAUGUAAAUUGAAGCUUGUGGCAUGGAUGGCAGCUAGGAUUUAUGAUACUAGUGAUGCAGAAUAUUUGAAAACCAAAUUGGGUUCAUAUUUGAAGUCUAUUUUUGAUGAAUACUCUGGUAGGGCAGUGUCUCGUCUAGGUAGUUCAGUUAAUCUAUCAGAUGAGUGCAGCACAUCAGAGACAGAAUUACAGAAGUAUAUUCAAGAAGAAGUAGAAAAUCGUCCUCCAAAUUUUGAUGCGCUGGAGUGGUGGAAGAACUAUAUUCUACGCCAGAUGCCGGAAGUUGCUCAUCCUUUGUGUCAGUUGUUGAUGAUUGAGGACUUGAAUUAUGAAAUAAGAUAUUCUCUUUAUCAACUUGAUUAA